AAGCAUCAGCCUUCUCAAUGUUAUUUCUGGUCAUCUUUUCCGCGUUGCUGACGAUUGCGAGUUCCCAGUCCCCCAACGCCGCUGUCAGUUGUACUCCAAAGCCGCCUACACAGCUGUCAGAGAGUCUCGCCGGAAGGAUCGUCUACUGUACUAACUCGGAGCAGAAGAAAUGUCUCGACCAAAAUAAGGUCUUAUUGGAAGGAAAAUGCUACACUUUGGGAACUCCCGGCCCGUGCAGGGAAUACGAGAUUGUAGUAGUCGACAAAAAGGUGUAUGAUGAGUCGAAGAUAGUGCGAGGAAAGUGUCACCCUCUAUUCACGUGCAACAGUAACCAGUUUGAGGAGCGAAUGUCUUAUGAUCAGUGUUGCUACGAUACCACUGAGAUCAAGAACAAAAUAUGUCCUCGAGAAAUGAACUUGCGUUUGCGGAAAAACGCGUUUGGAGAGGGGGAAUGUGAGCUCAUCUCGAACGCUACCAACAGCUACACUACUCCAAAGUUUCUCCUGAGGGACGGAUUCUGCUACUUCCCGAACGAUGUGUUGAACUAUGAGUACACUAUUUCGACGUACGAACAUCGUUUCCCGCAGCUGCGAGUGGAACAUGCUCUCGCCAACAUGACGUUCCAUUGCACGCCGCAGGAGCGUGCGUGCUUCGAAAAGGACCUCGUGCUCUUCCCGCAGCGUGACGGCCAGUGCUACCCGCUGCUGAGCACGCGACCGUGCCCGCACGGCCACUGGCUGGUGCUGGACGCCGGAGCACUGGAGCUGGGGGUGUUGACGCCCGUGUGCGCCGGGCCGCGCUGCCCGCCCGGCCACCUGUUCAUGGCCCGCGACCAGUGCUGCCGCUCGCUGACCGAGUUGCAGACGGAGCUGUGCGCCGGCGAGGACCUGCUGUUCGACGUGUUCGGCGAGGCGCACUGCGGCCGCUUCGUGCGCCAGAAGGACCUUCUGCGCAUGCCCCGGCGCAAGAACGGGGACACGUGCGCGCUCCAGCGGCCUGACCCGUUCGUGGAUGGCUUUGCUGGCGGGCAGUCCGUGCUCAUGCCGCUUUGCGGGCCCAGCGAUCAGGAGCGUUGUCGGCUGCCGGUUAUGCACACGCCUGAAAAGCCGUCGCUUUAGACCGUUGGAUUCUUUCUCUAUGCUUCAGUUACUGUAAAUUAGAAAACUGUCUGAAGCUCUUGAAGGAUUAUUUUAUUUUUAAGGAUCGAAACUGGGGUGAAGGGUGGCUCGUGCUCAUGUCGAUGUGCGGGCUAAAUGAUCUGGAUACAAGAGCGCUGUAGGCUGCCGGUUAUGCAUACGCCUGAAAAGUUGUCGUAGACCGCUGGGUUCUUUCUAUUUUUUUCAGUUCCUGUAAAUUAGAAAACUGAGUGGAACUCUGAAGGAUUAUUUCAUUUUCAAGGAUCGAAACUGGGCUGAAGGGUGUCUCGCGCUCAUGUAGAUGUGCGGGCCAAUUGAUCAGGAUUCAAGAGUAUUGUAGUCUCACGGUAUUAUUUUGUCGCUUUUCAACAUCUUGGUCAUAUAGCGUCCACUGUGAUUUUUAAACUGUAGGGACAACACGUAAGGGCUAUAACCACUAAACAAU